CCAUGAAGUGAUCAACAUCAAUCUGAAGAACAAACCUGACUGGUUCUUUGAGAAGAACCCCUUAGGGCUGGUUCCUGUUCUGGAGACCAGCAAGGGCCAGCUGAUCUGUGAGUCCCCAAUCACUUGUGAAUAUUUGGAUGAAGCAUUUCCAGGGAAGAAGUUGAUGCCUUCGGACCCAUAUGAGCGAGCCUUUCAGAAGAUGCUCUUGGAACAAUUCUCAAAGAUACCACCCAUAGCUUUCAAGUAUUUUGUGGCAGUCAAAGAUGGACAGGAUGCCACGGCGCUGAAAGCAGAGAUUGCUGAAAAGUUUGGCAAACUUGAAGAGGUUCUGUCCAAGCGCAACACUCUGUUCUAUGGUGGGGACUCGGCCUCCAUGCUUGACUACCUCAUCUGGCCCUGGUUUGAACGUCUGGAACCAUUCCAGCUGAAGGACUCCCUGAGUCACACCCCAAAGCUCCAACGCUGGAUGGAGGCCAUGAAGGAGGACCCUGCUGUCAAGGCUACAGUGACUGACCCACAGACAUACAAAGACUACCUCCAGCUCUAUUUGAAGAACAGCCCUGAGGCAUGUGAUUAUGGGCUCUGAGGUGCCAGCAGACACGUGCUUGCAAAGUGUCAGUGCUCCUUUUCAAGUGUGAGCUGUGAGGAUCUAGGGUAAUUUGGUGUGGGCUCUUCUUGGUUGCUUUUAAUAAUGGGGAAUAAAUCUGUGCUGAAAAGGCUGAGAAAUCUUCUGUGAACUCCAGUCCUUCCUGUCAGGAGGAGGACGUGCUGGCUUUGGACAGGAAGUGGAAAGUAAUUGUGGGCCAUAUAGUGUGAAGGAAAAUGUGGCUUUAGUCGGAGGUGAUGUUCUGUUAUCUCUGACCUCUUUGCAGGCAUUGAUGUUGGGCAGUCCCUGAACUGACACAGAUACUUGGUUUAAAAAUUGUAAUGCUGGUGUCUCUGAAAAUAAAUAAAAAGCAAAUAGUGCUGUCU